GGGCUACACGUGCAAGUUACGUCAGUGUAGCAGCCGGUGUUGAAUUUUUUUAAUCAAAAAUUGUGAACUGGCGCGUGUGAAAAAUGGGUGAGAAGUUACCAGAUACAAUUAAUUUUUCUAAGGAAGAGGAAACUUUGCUAGAAUUAUGGAAAAAGUUGGACGUUUUCCAAAAGUGCCUGCAACAGUCAAAAGGCAAGCCAAGAUUCUCAUUUUAUGAUGGACCACCUUUUGCAACUGGUCUUCCUCAUUAUGGACACAUCCUGGCAGGAACAAUAAAAGAUAUUGUCACGAGAUAUGCCCACCAGAGCGGUUUCCACGUAGAGCGUAGAUUCGGCUGGGACACUCAUGGACUCCCGGUUGAAUUUGAAAUCGACAAUGCCUUAGGCAUCAAAGGCCCAGACGAUGUUGCUAAAAUGGGGAUAGCCAAUUACAAUCUGGAGUGUAGAAAGAUUGUCAUGCGCUACGCUGGUGAGUGGGAAAAGAUCGUUGGCAGAAUUGGUCGUUGGAUAGACUUCAAAAAUGACUACAAAACCCUCUAUCCCUGGUUCAUGGAAUCCAUCUGGUGGAUAUUCAAAGAGCUUUUCAACAAAGGUCUUGUCUAUCAAGGCGUGAAGGUUGUGCCUUAUUCAACGGGCUGUAACACACCUCUCUCCAACUUUGAAUCGGGCCAGAAUUACAAAGACGUCGUCGAUCCAUCGGUAGUUGUCGCUUUUCCCCUUCUCGACGAGCCAAACGUCUUCAUCCUAGCCUGGACAACAACUCCCUGGACUCUACCAAGCAAUCUCGCUCUCUGUUGUAAUGCUGACUACGAAUACGUAGAAGCAGUUGAUGCAGCCUCUGGAAAAGUAUACAUAAUCCUAGAAUCCAGCCUGGAAUUGAUCUACAAGUCAAAAGACCUCUAUACUAUCAGAGGAAAGAGAAAAGGCAGUCAAUUAAAAGGAAAAAAUUACGAGCCACCCUUUUCCUACUUCAGCGAUCUUAGGAAAAAGGGAGCCUUCAGAGUGUUGAACGACAACUACGUUACUGCUGGUUCCGGUACUGGAAUUGUUCACCAGGCUCCCUACUUUGGAGAAGACGAUUAUCGAUGUUGUUUAGAGGCGGGAAUUAUAACAAAAGAACAGGAGAUGGUCUGUCCAGUGGAUAACUGCGGCUGCUUCACUGAUCCUGUUGUUGAAUUCAAAGGACUCUACGUGAAGACUGCCGACAAGGAAAUCAUGAAGUACUUGCAAGCGAAGGAACGACUGGUCCACAGUGGAACAACUAAACACAGUUAUCCUUUCUGCUGGCGCUCUGAUACUCCCCUGAUUUACAAGGCUGUGCCGUCUUGGUUCGUUCGCGUCACACAGAUAAAAGACCGUCUUCUCGAGACUUACUCCGAGACCUAUUGGGUGCCCGAAUAUGUCAAGGAAAAGCGAUUCGCAAACUGGCUCGAGAAUGCCAGAGACUGGGCCAUCAGUAGAAAUCGCUACUGGGGCAAUCCAAUUCCACUGUGGAUCUCCGAGGACGGGAAAGAGGUAGUCUGUAUUGGUAGCAUUGGAGAAUUGGAGCAACUAUCGGGUACAAAGAUAACCGACAUUCAUCGUGAGAGUAUCGAUCAUUUGACAAUUCCAUCCAAGCGACCUGGACAGCCUCCUUUACGAAGAAUUCCAGAAGUUUUUGACUGCUGGUUCGAGUCAGGUUCGAUGCCUUACGCCCAGAUGCACUAUCCUUUCGAGAGAGUGAAGGAUUUUGAAGAGAGUUUCCCGGCAGAUUUCAUCGCCGAGGGAAUCGAUCAAACCAGGGGAUGGUUUUACACUCUACUGGUGAUUUCGACAGGACUCUUUGGCAAACCUCCGUUCAAAAAUCUAAUCGCCAAUGGUUUGAUCCUGGCAUCUGAUGGUCAAAAGAUGUCAAAGCGAAAGAAGAAUUACCCAGAUCCUUUGGAGGUUGUUAAUAAAUACGGCGCUGAUGCUUUGAGGCUCUAUUUAAUCAAUUCUCCAGUUGUGAGAGGGGAGAACUUGAGAUUCAAGGAAGAAGGUGUCAAAGACAUCAUCAAAGAUGUUUUCCUACCUUGGUACAAUGCUUUUAGGUUUCUGAUACAGAACAUUGAGAGGUACGAGCAGACGGAAGGAGUCCAUUUUCAAUAUCAAGUCAUUGAGGAUAAUUUAACGAGCGAUUGUAUAAGCGAAUGUGAAAAUAUCAUGGACCGGUGGAUUCUUUCUUUCACCCAGAGUCUGCUCCAGUUCUUGAAGCAGGAGAUGAAGGCCUACAGGCUUUACACCGUUGUUCCUCGAUUGAUCAAGUUCAUCGACAACUUGACCAACUGGUACGUGAGAAUGAACAGGAAGCGGAUCAAGGGUGACAGUGGUUCCGAGGAUUGCAGAAGAGCCUUGAACACCCUCUUUUGUAUCGUCUACACAAUGACUCGUAUAAACGCGCCCUUUACCCCAUUCCUCACCGAGUUCAUGUUUCAGCGCUUGAGGAAACUACUCCCUGCAACAAAGACUGUCAAUGACAGCAUUCACUACGAGAUGAUACCCGAUCCUUGCCGCAAACUCAUCAACCAGGACAUCGAAAAGGCCAUUUCCUGCAUGCAGACUGUGAUUGAACUUGGAAGAAUUGUCAGGGAUCGAAAGACAAUGCCGGUCAAGUACCCUCUACCCGAAAUAGUGGUGAUCAAUCAGGAUCAGCGUGUGAUCAGCGACAUCGUCUCCCUCAAGUCUUACAUCCUUGAAGAAUUGAAUGUGAAGACUCUGACGGUGACGACAGACAAGGAGAAGUACGGCGUGACUCUGAGGGCAGAACCUGAUCAUAAGAAUCUUGGGGCAAGGUUAAAGGGCGAAUUCAAAUCCGUGAUGGCGGCUAUAAAGGAACUCUCGGACGAGGAGUUACAAAGGUUUGUGGAGGAGAAGAAAAUCGUGGUUCAAGGCCACACGCUCGAGGAACAGGAUUUAAGAUUGAGUUUUAGCUUCACUGGUCCGGCGGCUGAACAGCUCUCGAAACGGUACGAAGCACAUUGCGAGGGCAACGUUUUGAUUUUGAUGGAUGUGUCACCAGAUGAGACGAUGCAGAAUGAAGGAUUGGCGAGGGAGAUUAUCAACAGGGUGCAGAAGCUGAGGAAGAAGGCUCAACUUGUUCCUUCGGACGAUGCUGUUGUUUACUACCAAAUUAAAGAUCAGAGUAGUGCUUUAGCUAAGGUUGUCGUGACUCAUAAGGAAUUUAUCGAAAAUACGACAAAAACUUGUCAGAAGGACAGCUCGGAACUUUCGAAAGAAGCUGAGAUUAUUAUUGAGGAGAUGCAGAACAUCAAAGGUGUGGAUAUGAAUCUUGUCCUUGUUAAGGGAACGUCUUUGCAUCAGUUGGCACCUACGAAUAAAGUAGAUCCUUUUGUGAAAUUCGUUAAUGUCAAGCUUGUGAAUUGUGAGCCCAGGUAUGGAGCAAAGAGCGAUGUUGGUUCCAUAUUGUUAGCCGAUUCGAAAACUGGUGCUGUUAUUUCCUGCAAAGAAAUGAGGAAGGCUGUUGAGACUGUUUUUGGGAUUCACGGGUUUCAUUAUGAAUUAUUCGUCAAGGGAAAACUCAUCGACGAAAAGACUGAUUUCAUUUCUUUGCAUGGAGAAUUCAUUUUUGUAGUUCGUGAAGGCGCUGAAGUAGCAGGUGAUUAUUGUAAGUUAGUUUUUGGUAGAGAAAGGGCUCCAGUUUGCAAGUUUUUGAAUGUAAAGAAUGGCAACACAAAGGGGACGAUACUUUUAGAAAAUCCAUUGGGAAGUCACGUUUUGGAUGUUGAGGGAUUAAAAGAUAGACUGAUUUCAGUAUUUGGAAAAUCGAAUUUUCCGGUGCCUAAGGUUAAAAAGUCGACCUUGGAAUUGAAUGGGAUUACAAUAGAAGCUUACUAAGCGAUGACUUUUUGUUAAAUUUAAUUUUGUAUUUAUGAUAAUCAGAAUUUUUUUAAAUUGAAAUAGGUAGGACUCGUGUUCGGAAAUUUAAUUUGGUAAAGCAGAAACUGUAAAUAUAUUCUGACAGUAUUUGAGUAAAUAGUUUAAUAAAAUAAUGUAUAAAUCA